CCCGCCGGCCGCCGCCUCCCGGCUGCGGACGCCUGUGAGCAGGUUGUUUUUAUGAGAGGCGUCACUGCUCUCGGAGUUGUGACCGCCGCCACCGCGACAGUCAGCGCCGUCGGGCGGAGGUGGCCCUGCCCCUUCAGACCCGAAAAAUGUCUGAGAACUCCAGUGACAGUGAUUCAUCUUGUGGUUGGACUGUCAUCAAUCAUGAGGGGUCUGAUGUAGAGAUGGUGAAUUCUGAACAUGGCACAACUAGCGGCAGCUGUGAGCCCGCUCCAGAAUGUGCGUCUUUAUCACAGGAGGAGCCGCAGGAAUUGCAGUUAGAGCAGGGAGAGAGCAGCCAAAAUGGCACAGUGUUACUGGGAGGAGCUACUUAUUCUGCUUUGGAGGAAAUGAAGUCAGCACUUGAGGGAGAGGAAGAAAAGUUACCUGAUGACAAUCUCUAUUUUGGAACUGUCAGUGAUGAUUCUGAUAUUGUUACACUUGAGCCACCUAAGUUAGAAGACAUUGGAAAUCAAGAAGAAGCAAUAAUUGUUAAAGAAGCAGAGAGUCCAGAAGACUUUAACAUGGGCUCUUCCUCUAGCAGCCAGUAUACGUUUUGUCAGCCAGAAACGGAAAGAUGGUGGGAGAAGCUGUGGAAGAUUCCUGAAUGCAUAAGGGGAUGGGAUGAUCAGCUGAAACACCACGUUCCUAGCCAACUCACUUUCCAAGUAUUUUCAUCUCAGCCUAGUGAUGACGAAUCAAGCAGUGAUGAAACCAGCCAUCAGCCCAGUCCGACCUUUAGACGACGUCGUGCCAGAAAGAAGACUAUGUCUAGUUCAGAAUCUGAAGAAAGGCUACUUGCUGAACAAGAGCCUGAACCCCCUCAGGAGCUAUGUAAACGGCAGUUCAGUAGUGGUCUCAAUAAAUGUGUUAUACUUGCUUUGGUGAUUGCGAUCAGCAUGGGAUUUGGACAUUUCUAUGGUAAACGUGGAGGUAACAAAGGAGAAGGCACAAUUCAGAUUCAGAAGCGUCAACAGUUAGUCAAAAAGAUACAUGAAGAUGAAUUGAAUGAUAUGAAGGAUUAUCUUUCCCAGUGUCAACAGGAACAAGAGUCGCUAAUAGAAUAUAAGUCAUUGAAGGAAAACCUUGCAAGGUGUUGGACCCAUACUGAAGCAGAGAAGAUGUCCUUUGAAACUCAGAAAAAGAACCUUGAUACAGAAAAUCAGUAUCUAAGAACAUCUCUGGAGAAGGAAGAAAAAGCUUUGUCUUCAUUACAGGAAGAGUUAAGGAAAUUAAGAGAACAGAUUAGGAUAUUAGAAGAUAAAGGGACAAGCACUGAAUUAAUUACAGAAAAUCAGAAACUUAAGCAGCAUUUGGAAGAAGAAAAGCUGAAAACACACAGUUUCCUUAAUCAAAGGGAGACUCUACUGGCAGAAGCAAAGAUGCUCAGGAAGGAACUAGAAAGAGAACGACUAAUAACCAUGGCCUUAAGGGUGGAACUCCAACAGCUAAGCUCCAGUCACUCAUAUGGCAGCCCAGACUCGCCCAGUGUAGUGACUGAGAAAAAGGAAAUAGAAAUGUUACGGGAAAGACUCGCCGAGCUGGAGCGCAAGCUCACCUUCGAGCAGCAGCGCUCUGAUUUAUGGGAAAGACUGUAUGUUGAAGCAAAAGAUCAAAAUGAGAAACAAGAAACUGAUGGAAAGAAGAAAGGGAACAGAGGAAACCACAGAGCUAAAAAAUCAAAGGAAACAUUUUUGGGUUCUGUUAAGGAAACAUUUGAUGCAAUGAAGAAUUCUACUAAGGAGUUUGUGAGGCAUCAUAAAGAAAAAAUUAAACAGGCUAAAGAAGCUGUAAAAGAAAAUCUGAAAAAAUUCUCAGAUUCAGUUAAAUCCACUUUCAGGCAUUUCAAAGAUACCACCAAGAAUAUCUUUGAUGAAAAAGGCAAUAAAAGAUUUGGUGCUACGAAAGAAGCCACAGCUAAAAAACCGACAACAGUUUAUAGUGAAUAUUUACAUCCACAGUAUAAGGCACGUACACAAAACCAGAAUAGUAGAGGCCCUACUAUGCAGAGAGAGGGAAGAAAAGAAAAGCCUCAUUUUGAAGAAUUUGGAAAAAAUACAAAUUCACAGAAAUGCAGUGCUGAGCAUGACUGUGGUGGAAAUUAUAAUUCUUUCAGAAAGGCUUGUUCUGGUGUAUUUGAAUGUGCUCAACAGGAAUCUAUUAACCUUUUUAAUGUUAAAAUGUUGAAUCCUGUAAGGAUAGAUGAAUUUAGACAGUUAAUUGAAGGGUAUUUAUUAGAAAAACUGGAUAGUUUUCAUCACUGGAAAGAACUUGAUCACUUCAUCAAUAAGUUUUUCCUAAAUGGUGUCUUUAUACAUGAUCAGAAGCUCUUCACUGACUUUGUCAAUGAUGUUAAAGAUUAUCUUAAAGACAUGAAGGAAUAUCAAGUAGAUAAUGAUGGCGUAUUUGAGAAGUUGGAUGGAUAUAUAUAUAGACACUUCUUUGGUCACACCUUUUCCCCUCCAUAUGGACCCAGUCGACCAGAUAAAAAGCAACGUAUGGUAAAUAUUGAAAGCUCCAGGCAUCGAAAACAAGAGCAGAAGCACCCUCAGCCACAACCUUAUAAAAGGGAAGCUUGGCUUUGUGACUUGGUUUGACUAAAAGAACGUGGUAGAAGUGGCAGUGUGCCGGUUCCACGCUGGGGCCUUCCUCGGAUCCACGCCUACACCCAGCUUGCUCAGCACCAGACAGCCUGCUGGAGAAUGAGCACCCACAGAAGAGCUGAGGUACCCUGACCAAUAGCCAGCUGAAUCCCAAGGAUGUGACAGCCCAGCAUGGUUCAGCAGAGCUGCCUGCCUCCUCCGCAGCUGAUAAUAUUUGCAUAAGUGAGCUCAGUGAAGAACCACCCACCUCAGCUGUCGAUUUGUAAAUAAUAAUUGUAAGCCACCAAGUGUUGAGGUGACUUGUUACACUGCAAUUGCCAAUAGAAUUGUCAUGUUUAUAUAAAAUCAGGUUAAAAUAGGUCACAUAAGAAUACAGUAAAAACAGAUUUGAGGUACAAUGCAAUUCAAGAUUUCAAGUGUCUAGAAAAGAAAACUGGGCCAGAAAACUGUGCCAUUUAAAACAUCUGGAACUCCAAAGAGACUGUUGUCUGAAAUCAUUCCUGAACUUGCAGACUUUGGUCUAGGUGAACUCACUACUUAACUGGUCUUGUUGGAACUUGGCAUAACAGUUCUAAUUCUUAGUGGAAGCACAAGUCUCCAAGGAAUCAGCAUUUUUGGCUCACCCAGGAACCUUAGGUACACGUGUCUGAGUGAAAAGCUCACAUCCUGUGAGAGGAUCAGGGGUUUUUCUAGGUCUCUGUCCUUAUAGGAUCUUUCUGAAUGGACAUAAGAUGGAAGAAAGGCAGAUUCUUUUCAUUAGAAAGGUGUCUCUUCAGCCCACACCAGCAUUUUAUCUCAGUGUUUGGGACUGGAAACAGUUUACCAAGACCCUCCCCCUUAAAGAUUGACUCUCUUGGAAUGGAAAUGAGGAUUUAGACAACUUAGUCUUUAAAACACUCUGUAAAGACACACAGCAGAGAAAUAGUAUGCUGGGAAAACCAGAUUAUAAAAAUGUAACCAAGUUCCUAAAUUAACCAAACUAAACAAAAUGUGCACAGAAAUAUUUGUCCUCCAGUAGUAUCUGGCAGUGUUCACCUGGGUGAAAAGUAAACAAUUAUAAGUAACUCAAGUGUUUGUUAAAAAGAAAAAAAAAAAAACCCCUAAGUCUGAAUAGUAAUUUAUGAACAGAAUUGUUCUGUUAAAUGGUCGCACUAUUCUAAAGACUUGCCAAAUAGCUCUUAGAUGCUUAUAUUUUUGUGUCUGCAUCUGUAGAUGAAGUAAGUAAGACUAUAUAAAGAUAAUAUAUGACACUAACUUUGGUUUCAGUACUUUAGAUAUUUCAGAUGUAUAGACAUGUAUGUUUGUGUCUAAAGAGAAUACAUAAAGCUGAGAUGUAGGAGAUGAUAUUUAUACUUGACCAAAGAAGGCUGCUUAACUCAAUGAAUUUGGAGGGUUUUUUUGUUUGUUUUUUAAGUAAAAAGUUUGGUACCAUUAAUGCCCUCAUUUUUCUUAGCCUCCAGGUCCAAUUUGAUUAUCAUUUCUUCCUUCCUUAGUCCAGUGAUUUUUCUUUUUUAAGUGAUUAAUAUUUGAAGCAAGCCAACAAAUCAUUCUGAAUUAAACUUUAAUAAAGUUUCAAUUCGUAAAUUUUCCACGCCAACAUAAAAAUUCAUAUUUUCCAGAGCUUAGUGUAAUACAAGACUUUAGAAGUCACAUUUUAAAAACUUACUGCAAAGACCUAGUGGAGAUACGGAGAAAGGCAGCAAAUGAAACCAGAGGUGUGAAUCACAUUAAAAACUGCAUAUUCGUUGGGACUGAGUCUUGAAGGGAUAAAUGUAUAUAAAGCAUUAAAAACUAGUUUCAGCAUUAAUUUUCCAUUUGUGGAAUGUAGAACUUGUAGUUUAACCAUAAAUUUAAAUUAACUAUUCUGAAAUAGAUGUAUUACUUUUAGUGAAAGAUUUCUAACAGCCAGAAAUACUACCAUCAAAAGGUGCUAUGGAUGGUGGAUCCUUAUAUUUUUAUCUCAUUUUACAGGACACAGGAAAAAGGACAUUUAGGGAGGAAAAAGGAUAUUUUGGCUGCAUAAAAUAAUAAUAAGGGAAAGCUGCAGUAAUAUAAUCAAUUUGUAAUUAAGGAGCAAUCCUUACUUAGCCUAGUAGACAAUAAUCUUUUAGAGUUUAAUAAGCAUUGAUUGUCCUUGGUUUCUUUAUUAUUGUUUUUUUUCUCUAUUUUACAAAAAUACUUACCACAGAACACCAUACAAAAUGGUAAAACUGGAUAGAUAAACCUGAAUUCUUUGUGGCUCAACAUGCUAUAAUAAAAAGAUAUUCAAAGAAAAUAUUAUUUUCUCAUAUUAAAUGAUGGUUUAAGAAAUUAGUGUAUUUAAAAUGAAUAUAAUUAACAUCUGUUUUUGUAAUUAUGAGACUGAAUUUCAUGCUUCAGGAAUCAGUCUAAUUAUUUUUUGGUUAUAUGGUGAUGAUGAUGUGUUAAAAGUAAUGCCAACAGUUGAUGUCAAUGUGAAAUUCUAAAGAACAAUUGCAUACUAAAAAAAGGGAUCUGUGUUACCAACCCAAGUAAGUUAUAUUACUCAAAUUUCAAAUAGAAAUGCAUACAUUUUCAUUUAGAAAUACAUUACUUAAAAUGUUGGCGGUUUCUGUUUUUUAAAAGCAAAUACAAUUUCAACCUCUUAAAAUUGAAUAUAAUCUUAGUAAGCAAACUAUAUGUAUCAGAAGGGCUUUCCAGGUGGCUCAGACUGUAAAGAAUCUGCCUGCAAUGCAGGAGACUCGGGUUUGAUCCCUGGGUUGGGAAGAUCUGGAGAAUGUAUUAAAAUUAUUCAGUUGGUCUGAG